AUCAAAAAAUUUGUAGAUCAACAACCAGAAAAAAUAGUAAAAUAUGCAAUUCUCAAUUAUACUCUUGUCUGAGAUAUUUAUUCUUCUGCAUGUUUUUGUUCAUGUGGCAUCCAAGAGUGUUGUACCAAUUUUAUCUUUGAAUCCAAAAACUAAACAGCUUUCCAAUAAAACAGUAAAUGGAGAACUCAAGUUCCUCCCAUUCAUAAUGCUGAUAGACAAGGAUAAAGAUACAAGCGAAUAUUGGCGUGAGACGGAGAUACUGUCGCUAAUAAGGAAUGACGAGUCUGAUAUCGAUUAUGACAAAUGUGAUCAGACACCGACCAGUUACUUGGUGCAAUUAGCCAGCAGAAGAACUGUGAGGCCAAUUUGUAGGAGCAGAUUAGAUUAUCAACUAUGUCCACAAUGCCCUCAUUUCAGUAAUCAUACGGAAUGUGAGCUAUUUAGAGAUUCUUGCAGGGAGAGGAAGGUCCAUCCAUCGGAGUAUCGUACGUACUGCGACAGAAAGUAUGGAAAAUGGCGCGCGAUGUUCUUGCCAGCCGAUUACUCGCAAUGUCGAUGUUGUGAUGAAUGCAUAUUUUAUAGAGAAUUAGAUCAGUCUUGUAUGCAAGACGAAUACAAUUUUGAUACUGAAGAGUUUCUGCCCGUAACUACUAUAGAUUUCAGAGCCGGCUGCAACCCUUACUGGGGUCACCCAGACCAGGAAUUAAAAGCUCUCCGCUGUGACGACAAUUUGCGUAGAUGCGUGCCUGUAACCAUGCCGUCAUUGGCCAGUAACUCAUUAAAUCUGCGUCGUAAUUUUCGAUACGAGCCCGCGAGCGACGGUAGCGAUUGUCCAGUGUCCUGCCGAGGGUAUGAAUGCAGGAGUGGAUUCGUUCAAGAGACCGAGUGCGUAAAGGGGGCAUUUCUCCCUGAUAAGGAACAAUGCAACUGCUGUGGAAGCUGCAGCGCAUAUCAACAGUUGAAUCAAAAAUGCGCCGAAUUUAAGAAGACAGUUCACCUAGUAAAUGGUUCCAAAGAAAUUGAGGUAGAAGAAGAGUUCUUGGAACCAGGUUGUGACGAUGGACUGGUGUGUCGACAAGGUCGCUGUCAGGAUAUUCAUACGGUGCAAACCACAGCGGGAGGUCGUUGGAAGAGGGACGAGGAUUCUAUGAGUUUUAAUGAGCCUUGCAAACUCGAACUGAAGUAUUUCAAGAAGAAAUAUGGCGUAGACGGUCACUUGCACUACGAUGCACCGCAAUGUACUCCGUUAUGGCUGUAUGCUCCUGUGCAGUGUCGCCGUUUUGUCUGCUACUGCGCUUUGGAAGAUGGUACCUUCAUUCAGGGAAUAAAAGUGCCACGAGUCGAAGUAUCCAACAUGAACUGUGAUUGUGUCCGCGAGAAAUGCCGCACGAAGUCCAACGUGGAAUGUGACGGCUACGGGAAUUACAAGGAGGCUCUAUUCGUACCCCACAUUGAUGAGUGGGGCGAGUUGCGAGACUAUGACGAAGGUUCUACUUUUUCGGAGAACCGUUCUGCUAGAGAUGUAGAUCAAACGACAAUAGAUGUGACACAAGCUGUUUAAGUUCAUAUGCAACCAAGGAACUUUUUAUCCGUGGGCAAAAUUUCCUUUUGUAUGUCAGAGUUAAAAGUUUGCUCAGACUUUUAACUCUGACGAGAGAGUGACGUACCUUUUGGUACGAUCAUAAACGCUAUAAUGCAAUCCGACAUUUUUAAGAUUUGCACAAAGGGUCG